CUGCUGGAUCCUGAUCAGCUGCUUUAGCUCCUUAAAAUUCAGCUCUUUGAAGCGUUGACCUGAUUUUUAUCGUAUUCUAUCUCAGUUCAUAAAACUGGCUUUUUUCUGUCUUUAUUAUCUUGCAAUUGCUUUUCGUCGUCUACUGGACCCCAUCACUGGCCUUUCUCUCCUGCUUCUGCCUCUUGAGACUCUUCUUCAGCACACCCAACUAUUCUUUCUCUGUUGCUGUUUUCUCUUGGUUUUUGUUUUUGAACUGAAACUCCCAAUUUAGCUCAAAUUAUAACAGAAACUAAAAACCCAUCAUCAAGAAAAAGAAAAAAAACUAGAAAAUUUUUUCUAUCUGUCAAUUAAUUUCCUAUUCCUUAAUUUUAUCAAUAGUAAACACUCCUUUAAUUGUAAUCUACCUAUUAUACCAAAUAUACUAUACUAUUCUUUUGAUCCAAUUAGCACCAUGAACAAUAGUCUAUCUCCAAACCCUUUGGACAUAAUCAGCAAUUUAGGUAAUUCAAAUCUAAAUCAAAAUGCAGGUGCCAAUUCAAACAUAAAUCAAAAUCCAAUUCCAAACAUCAGCCCCAACAUGGGCAAUAUGAAUAUAAGAAACAACAUGAAUAUCAACAAUAACAGCAGCAACAAUAAUAACAUUAAUAGCAAUAAUAUGAUGAAUAAUAACCUCAAUAUUGAUCAGCUUAAUAUGGUAGUGCCCAAUUUAGUCGGUCUGCCUAAUAAUACUCUUAACCGUAACAAUACCAAUAUCAAUAAUAACAAAAAUAUCAACAUGGCUAAUAUGAACAAUAUGAACAUGAAUAACAUGAAUAUGAAUAAUAUGAACAUGAAUAACAUGAAUAUGAACAACAUGAACAUGAACAAUAUGAAUAUGAAUAUGAACAAUAUGGGUAUGGGCAAUAUGAAUAUGAAUAAUAUGAAUAUGAAUAAUAUAAAUAUGACUAAUAUGAACAGUAUGAACAUGAAUAGUAUGAACAACAACAACAAUAAAACGAUUAAUAUUGAUCACUAUAAUGAAAACGUACCUUUCAAUUCUUUAAUGCCACAAAACGAAAUCCAGCUCAUGCAAUUUCAACAACAAAAGAGACAAUUCCAAAAAUUUCACCAAUCUCAACACCUUCAACAAAAUCAACAAAAUCAACAAAAUCAGCAAAAUCUACAGAUCCCUCAACCCCAAGCUCAACAGGCACAACAGGCUUUGCAAAUACAACAAGCUCAACAGAUUCAACAAGCUCAGCAAAUACAACAAGCACAACAGGCACACCAGGCCCAGAACAUGCAGAAAGCGCAACAAAUGCAACAAAAUCAACAAUUCCAACAACUUAAUCCUCAAAAGAAUAACUCUCCAGUGAAUAAUAAUGUACCUACCAAUACCAAUGUUAUUCCUAAUGCUAACCCUAUUGCUAAUCCUAAUGCUAAUACUAAUUCCAUUGUAAAUGUCAAUGUUAAUCCUAAGCCUGGUGCCAAUAUUAACGCUAAUUCCAACACUAAUACUAACAUUUCCAAUCCUAAUAUUUCUAAUGCUAGUGUUAAUCACAAUAUUAACUUGAACAUUAAUAAUAAUAAUAAUAAUAAUAAUAAUAAUAAUAAUAAUAAUAAUAGCAAUAGCAAUAAUAACAGUAAUUUUAAUAAUAGUAACUCUAGUAGUAACUCUAAUAGUAACUCUAAUAAUAGUGGCUCUAAUAACAGUACAAAUUUCUCUAUUCAAAAUAAUCAACAAUCUUAUCGAUUUGCAGAUUUUAAUCCCAAUCUGAUUAAUAUUGAUGAGUCAUUAGAUAAAAUAUUUAAUUUAAAAAAACAAAUUGAUAAUAUCAGAAUUAAAAUGCUAAAUUUCUUAAAAUUAUUAGCUACUUUUGAUGAAUUGAAUAGUAACAGUAUUAGUGUUAAUAAUAUUAAUAACUUUAUGCCUAAUAAUAUUGGCAAUAAUAACGAUAGUAUUGCUGCUUUUCCAAAUAAUCCAAAUGCCGAUAAUAAAAACAAUGUGAAUAAGAACAUGAGUAACAACUCUACACCAGCUUCCACGUCUGGUUCUGCAACUAACUCUUCGUUUAUGCCUAGUAAAAAUAAUUCAAGUGAAAAGAAAUUAUUUGAGAUUCUUUCGUAUAACUUGCUCAUAUUAAGAAACACUUUAAAGAAUUAUUUGGACCAAUAUAAUAAAAUUUUACCCUUAAUCGAAUUGUCAAAACAACAUCAAGGUAUAUCGCCCUCUUCGAAUUUAAAAUUCAUUAACAUCUCUGAUACUGCUACUAAUUUAUAUUCAAUUACCAAUGUUAAUACCAAUCAUAAUUCCAACAAUGACGUUAGUGGAAAUAAUUCAAUUGCCAAUAACAAUGGAUUUAAAAAUAUAGUUUUGCUAAAUAAUCGCAAUGGUUCAGCUUAUAAUAAAAAAAAUGUGACUACAACAUUGGGGAGAAAAAACUCCAAAGCCAAAAUCACAGCAAAAAAAUCAAGAAAGAAUACAAAUUCUCCAGCUUUGCCUACAAUAACGUCUAUUGAUAAUAACAAUAAUAUAAUAACUUCAAAUUCGUCUUUAAAUAAUAGCAGUCUUCUCGGGAACAAUUCUCCAGUGCUACCUAAUGCAGGCAAAAAUGCCAACAUAAGUGCUAAAACUGGCAAGCCAAAGAGACCAUAUAAUAAAAAAAAUAAAGGCCCAAGGAAAAACUCAAAGGCUGCACAAUCUCAAACUCCAAAUAUGAGUCAACAAACACUUACACUGCUCCCACUCAAUACAUCGAAUACGAAAAAUUAACUACUCCUUCUUUACUGAUGUUUUUUAUUUUACAUAUACUAUUCCAUUCAUUCAUCUCUUUUUUCUUCUUGCUUUAAUUCAUUUUCUUUAUUUUCUUUAUUUUCUUCAUUUUCUUCAUUUUCUUCAUUUUCUUCAUGUUAAUUUUCUCUCCAAUUUUUAUUUUUGUUUCGAUAAAAAGAAUAAUAUCCUAAUUUUUCAUUAUGUUUUUUUUCAAAUUCUUUUUUUUUGGCUUGUUUAUUUUUCCAAGCUUGGUUCAGUGUUCAUUCAAAUUGAUCA